AUGGAACAACCAGCGUCCACAUCAACUUCGCCCACUCGAUCCUGGGCAAAACGGCUGGCCGAGCUGAAGGCAUGUCCAUGGUACUGGGGUGAUCUAUCGUGGAGAAAUGCUGAGAAGUUGCUCAUGUUAUGCGAAGAAGGAUCGUUUCUUGUAAGGGACAGUCAUAGCGAUAACCAUCUUUUCACGGUUAGCUAUAGACACGAAGAUCGAGUUUUGCAUUCACGGGUGGAAAUUAGUGGUCAGUUCGCCCAUCUGGGUGGUCCGCUCUCACUAGAACGAUCCGAAAGUAUUGUGGACCUCUUAAAACACGCAGUUCAAAUAUCUUUCACUCGAGAACGAGAUAUUCUCAUCCAUAGGCGAGGUGCUGAAGCAGAAGCUUCGGGAAUCCAAUUACGUGUCUCUGGAGUGAAUUUUCACGGAAAACGGCUUCAACUUCUCACAGAUCAUCAGUCGACAUGA